GCGGCGGCGGCGUUGUCCAGGGUCGGGGAGAGGAUCGCGGGUGGUGGGGUUGCCCCGGGAGAUCGUGGCUGCAGCUGUGAUCGCCUGAGGGGGGAGACCCACACACACGCGCGCACACACGCACACCCCACCCCAGGCUGGGAGGGAAGGAGGCGGCAUGGCCUCGGUGUUCAUGUGCGGCGUGGAGGACCUGGUGUUCAGCGGCAGCCGCUUCGUGUGGAACUUGACCGUGUCCACGCUGCGGAGAUGGUACACGGAGAGGCUGCGGGCGUGCCACCAGGUGCUGCGGACGUGGUGCGGGCUGCGGGACGUGUACCAGAUGACAGAAGGCAGGCACUGCCAGGUGCACCUCCCAGAUGACAGGAGACUGGAGCUGCUUGUUCAGCCCAAACUUUUGUCAAGAGAGUUGCUGGACCUCGUGGCUUCACAUUUCAACCUGAAGGAAAAGGAGUACUUUGGGAUAACAUUUAUAGAUGACACAGGUCAGCAGAACUGGCUCCAGCUAGAUCACCGCGUUCUUGACCAUGAUUUGCCCAAGAAGCCUGGCCCAGCCACAUUGUCCUUCGAAGUCAGGUUUUACAUCGAGAGUAUAUCCUUUCUAAAAGAGAAGAGCACGGUGGAGCUAUUCUUCCUGAAUGCCAAGGCCUGUGUACACAAGGGACAGAUCGAAGUGGACAGCGAAACCAUCUUCAAGUUAGCAGCACUCAUUUUACAGGAAGCUAAAGGAGAUUAUACCAGUGAUGAAAAUGCCAGGAAAGAUUUGAAGACACUGCCAGUCUUUCCUACCAAAACCCUCCAGGAGCAUCCCUCACUUGCUUACUGUGAGGACAGAGUGAUCGAGCACUAUUUGAAAAUUAAAGGUUUGACUCGAGGUCAAGCUGUGGUGCACCGCCUGCCAGGUACCAAAAAGGAGAGAGACAGGCCAAAUGUUGGAGAGGAUGGGGUAACAGGGAGGGCUGUGGUGAAUCAGAGAACUUCUGCCGAGGCUGAAGCAAGAGGACUUAGCUUCAGAGUUCAGGCAUCAAGUGCUGCUACUGGGUCCUCUUAUACUUUCACAGACAAGCUGGGAAGUCAGCGUGACAAACAAGGACUUCCCUGGUGGCUUGGAAUCAGCUAUAAAGGGAUCGGCCAGUAUGAUAUACAGGAUAAAGUGAAGCCUCGGAAAUUAUUUCAAUGGAAGCAACUGGAAAAUUUAUAUUUCCGUGAGAAAAAAUUUGCUGUUGAAGUUCAUGAUCCACGAAGGAUUUCAGUGUCUCGGAGGACCUUUGGGCAAAGUGGCCUGUAUGUGCAAACGUGGUAUGCAAACUCUUCUCUGAUCAAGUCCAUCUGGGUGAUGGCUAUUAGUCAGCAUCAGUUCUACCUGGACCGGAAGCAGAGCAAAGCAAAAAUUCCUUCUGCCAGAAGUUUAGACGAUAUUGCAAUGGAUUUGACAGAGACUGGAACACAGAGGGUCUCCAAACUGAUGACACUGGAAGCAAAAAGCCAGUUCAUCAUGGCAAGCAAUGGCAGCUUAAUAUCGUCAGGUUCUCAAGACUCAGAAGCCAGUGAGGAGCAAAAGCGGGAGAAAAUCCUGGAACUCAAAAAGAAGGAGAAGCUGUUGCAAGAAAAACUCCUGAAGAAAGUGGAAGAGCUGAAGAAGAUCUGCUUGCGCGAGGCCGAACUCACGGGUAAAAUGCCAAAGGAGUACCCGCUGAACAUAGGCGAGAAGCCCCCUCAGGUCAGGAGGCGAGUAGGCACCGCGUUCAAGUUAGAUGACAAUUUGCUGCCAACUGAAGAGGACCCGGCUUUACAAGAACUGGAGAGCAAUUUUCUAAUACAGCAAAAGUUGGUAGAAGCUGCAAAGAAACUUGCCAAUGAGCCAGACCUCUGUAAAACUGUGAAGAAGAAACGGAAGCAAGAUUACACAGAUGCAGUCAAGAAGCUUCAAGAGAUUGAAAAUGCAAUAAAUGAAUACCGAAUUCGCUGUGGAAAGAAACCCAACCAAAAAGCAUCAGUGAUUUUACCAGAAGAUGUCAUCCCGUCAGAGAGCAGCUCCUUGUCUGAUUCUGCCAUCUAUGAUGAUCCCAAUGACACCUUCACUCUUGCUGGGCAGCGACCAAGUUCAGUACCUCAUUCUCCAAGAAUUCUUCCGCCCAAGUCUCUUGGUAUUGAGAGAAUCCAUUUCAGAAAGUCGUCUAUCCAUGAUCAGUUUGUGGAGCCCAGGCAUUCCAGAGAGCUGCUAUCGACACACAGCAGCCCUUACAAAACCUUGGAGAGGCGGCCGCAGGGCGGGCGGAGCAUGCCCACUACGCCAGUCCUUACUCGAAACGCCUACAGCAGCAGCCACUUGGAACCUGAAUCUUCAGCUCAGCACUGCCGCCAGCGGAGUGGAAGUCUGGAGUCCCAGUCCCACCUGCUCUCCGAGAUGGACAACGAUAAGCCAUUCUUCUCCCUUUCCAAAUCCCAAAGAAGCAGCAGCACAGAGAUCCUCGAUGAUGGGUCUUCCUACACCAGCCAGUCAAGCACUGAGUACUACUGUGUGACACCUGCCACCGGCCCCUACUACACCACCCAGACGCUGGAUACGCGUGCCAGGGGGCGGAGAAGGUCAAAGAAGCACAAUGCCUCGACUUCAAAUUCAGGAAGCAUGCCCAACCUGGCCCCAAAGGACAGUAUGAGGAAUGGCGUCUACUCUAAGAGUCAGGAGCCACCGUCUUCUAGUUACUAUAUUUCUGGAUACGCGCCCUAUGCAGAGUGUGACCUUUAUUACAGUGGUGGCUAUGUCUAUGAGAAUGACACUGAGGGACAGUACACUGUCAACCCGUCCUACCGAUCCGUGGCCCACUAUGGAUAUGAUCGGCAGAGGGACUACAGCAGAUCUUUCCAUGAAGACGAGGUAGACCACGUGCCCCAUAACCCAUAUGCAACUCUCCGGCUGCCGAGGAAGACUGCCGUGAAAUCGGAGCACAUCACCAAAAACAUCCACAAGGCCUUAGUCGCUGAGCACCUGCGGGGCUGGUACCAGCGGGCCUCAGGGCAGAAGGAUCAGGGGCACAGCCCACAGACAAGCUUUGACUCAGACAGGGGUUCACAGAGAUGCCUGGGGUUUGCCGGGCUGCAGGUGCCCUGUUCUCCAAGCAGCCGAGCAUCCUCUUACUCUUCAGUGUCUUCUACAAAUGCUUCUGGGAACUGGAGGACACAGUUAACUAUAGGGCUGUCUGAAUAUGAGUCUCCAGCACAUUCUCCUUACACCGGCUGCUACAGCAAUAUGUAUAAUCCUUUACCCUCUCCAAGCAGACAAUAUGCAGAGGCCAGUCAACUGGACAGUACAGAUGGAAACCAGUUGGAAGACAGCCUGGAGAGUAGUGAGCAGAGGCUCUUCUGGCACGAAGACUCAAAGCCUGGAACAUUAGUCUGAAUGCAAUGGGACCCCUGUGACCAAACACUGCAUUCCCACCCCGGUGUGCCUUGUACAGGGGAUUUGACUUCCCAGAAGGCUGUUGGCUUUAGAACCCUGAACGUAUCAAGGUGUGAAGAGGAGACUCACAUGGCCCCAGAAGUGAAUCACACGCUAAGUCCCACACUGGCCCUGAAUGAGGACUGCCUUCCCAACCUACCAUCAAGAUCUGACCCUACCAUCAAGAUCUGACCCCACACAGAACCAUUGCCAAGAGAGGACUCAGCAGAAAACCUUUCUCCAGAGCAAACACUUUGCCAGGGAAUCAAUAUGGCUGAAGGCAAACUUCAAAACUGUGAACAUUUUGUUCAGGGAAUUGGUCCCACUGAACAAGAAGACAGGGGAGAGUUCAGAGCACAACUGAGAGGUGAAGGAAGGAAGGUGAGAAGCUCCUAUAUUGAGCUCCAACAAGGUUUGAAUUGUUGAACUGACCAAGGACAGCACAGUGAUGUUUCUGCACAGAUGUGACAAUUUAGACAGUAUUGGAAAAUUACUUGAAGAGAAGUUUGGAUUUUCAUGAAGUUCUGAAUGAGUGUAAAUGUUUUUAGGAUAUGACAAAGAUGAUU